AUGUUUAGUGAGAGAGAUAUCAGUGUAUACUGUGGCAUUCAGACAAUCACACUAAAGAUUAACCUCUGUCCUGUGCUGUACUCUGGAUACACUGAUUCUGACUUGGCCCUGAACGGUCAUCAUGCAGAUGUCCAGUGCCGAGGCUUCAUAAACAACAACACAUUCCCCACGGCUGUGCUCUUCAGUAUCAGCCUGAGCACACUGGAGUCCUGUGGAAACACGCUGGAGGUUUCUACUUCUCAAAGCUUUAAUGCCUAUGGGAACAUCUCCAUGGUACAGAUGGGUAAUAUAUCGGGCUACAUUGACACCCCUGACCCUCCAACUGUUAUCAGCUACCUGCCAGGUCUGGUGUAUAAAUUCAGCUGCAGUUAUCCUCUGGAGUACCUGCUCAACAACAGCCAGCUGGCAGCCUCAUCUGCUACAAUAUCAGUGAAGGAAAAUAAUGGCACUUUCCUGAGCACUCUCAGUUUGGUGCUUUACAAUGACUCAACCUUCAGUCAGCUGAUCUCUAUACCAAUGUCCGGCCUGUCCUUGAAGACUCGUGUGUUUGCUGCAGUCAAGGCUACAAAUCUGGACAGGAGGUGGAAUGUUCUGAUGGAUCACUGUUACGCAACCCCCUCUGGGAACCCUAAUGAUGGGAUACGCUAUGACCUUUUCUUUGGGUGCUACAAGGAUCCACAGACGACUGUAUUCGAGAACGGAAAAAGUCAAAUGGGCCGCUUUGCGUUUGAAGUUUUCCGUUUUGUGAAACAUAAGAACCAGAAGAUGUCCACCGUGUUUCUGCACUGUAUCACAAAGCUGUGUCGAGCAGAUGACUGCACAAUACUAAUUCCGAUCUGUGGAAAACGCAGGAGGAGAGACACUGUGGAUGAACAUGUGGUAUCAGGUUCAUCCUCAGGGGAUGCCGUCAUAACCGCAGGGCCUAUAAUCACUAGGAGUGAUGAAUCUCCAGUCAACAAUUCACAACUUGUGAGCGGAUCCUCGCAGCAUCUGAAUGCUGUAACCAGUGCCUUGAUAUCAGGUGUGGCUGUGUUAGGUGUGACGUGCCUGGGCCUCUUCGUCCUCUCUCUCAGGCUGCUCAGGAAGCCCAGCCCUUCUGGUCUGACAGGGGUCUUGAACCCUAGCUUCAGAUGACCAUGACGUCCCAAUCCAGAGUGCCCUGAAAUACACCACAAAAUUGGCAUUGGGCAGCUUUGUCAAACAAGUUUUCUCAUUUGAACUUAUAUUAAUCUGAUAGUCCCUUUUAAAAUACCUCAGUUUGUUACUAUCCGUUUCAGGGUCUGUGAUCCUUUAUGUCUUGAAGUGCAGAGCACAAAACAAAUGUAGAUUGUUCACAUAUAGAUGUCAGAUUAUUUGCUUGAUGAAUUAUUGUUGAUCUUUUAAACUGUGUAUGUAUGUGAUGUAUAUGUGCAAUGAGAUAAGCAAUGAAUAAACAUAAGAAAAAUGAAACCGAGGCCUUCCAAAUUAAAUAUUAGUUGACAGCAACUGAUUAGAUUGAAUACCACAGAAAAUACCGCCUAAUAAACAGUGAUUUGUAAUGCAUUUUUGUUUAGUUUUACAAAUGUAGGGGCAAAUCACAAUUAUU